AUGUUUAGUGCGUCAAGUCGUGGCCAAUCGUUUAUCGUGACAAAGGUAAUUUACAAAAGUGUUUCUAAAAUAAAAUUACCCAGGUUAAAAGCAAACAACUUAUAUAUAUUAGAAAUAGCGAGGUCUUCUCUGUAAAAUUUUAGUAAUGAUAUACCCAAAAGUCAUACAUGGUAUUAUUUACCAUCGUGGUUAAUAGCAAUUUGUUUUUUGAGUAGCGUUGUUGAAAAAAAGUUACUUAGGUCCUGGAGAAAUCCGCUGAGACGUUAGUGUAUAUCCUAAGCUUGCUUCCAAUAUGAUUGUUUAAUUGGAACAAUAAAAAACAAAUGGCUCUAUUUUUACAUACAUUUAUUCAGAUAUUACUUUCUUCUGAAGAAGGCCAUACACACGAAGUAGACAAUAUUUGUUAAAUUUUUUUUUAUAAUAUUAGAAUUAAAGAUACGAGUACAUAUGAGCUGCCGUAUCAUCACGUGUCUUGUCUUUAUUGUAUCGACCUUAACCUGUGCUGAAGGCAAGUUCCCUAGACUUUGUACAUCCUUGGCGAGUCUGAAAAACAAGAAAUGUUGUCCAAUCCCAAAAGGCUUUAGUGCGCCAUGCGGUAAUGAUGGAAACAGAGGUAGACGCCAGGAAUUGGUCAUUCCUGAUUGGUCCCUCAAGUACAGUCAUUACCAACCUUUGCAGGAAGACGACGAGCGCCAUAACUGGCCUCAUGCUCUUUACCUUAAAACGUGCAAAUGCAAUUCAAACUUUGCUGGACGUGACUGCAGUAAGUGCGAGUUUGGCUACUAUGGCAAAGACUAG